AUGCCACGGUGCUGGUUCACACGUGGAAGUCGUAAAGACAAGAAGCCUGACGAAGAUGCCACACGAAACGAAAAGCCAGGUGCCUCGGGUAAUGGGUCUUCCGAAAGACAACAACCUGGCACAAACGACCCAUAUGACACCCUGAAGGUCGAGGAGGCGGCUCUUUUGAAGUCAUAUGUGAAGGUGAUGAUGAAGAACCUCCAGCCUGAGGGCACUGGAGCGGCGGACGGUGUCCUGGCGCAAAUGGAUGACCCAGUGAAACGACAAUUGGCGAUGCAGAAGCUGGUGAGAGAAGGCCUGCAGAAGAUUAAGACGACGUCAGAUGUCGCAAAAGGGGUCGGCGUUGUGGCCGAUGUUUUCUUAAAGGCCAAGGGCUUGAUUGACACGGCGAUCGGGAAUAUUCCACAGGCUGCUCUGCCGUGGGCUGGAGUCUGCGUUCUACUACAGGUCCUCAUAAAUCCGAUGCAAACCUCGCAGUCGAACCAAGACGGCAUGGAGUAUGUGGUAUCCAACAUGGAUUGGUAUUGCAGUUUGUCUGAACACAUUCUGAGUAAGGAAUAUAUCAAAGUUGGAGAGGAGAACUACGAAGGAGUCCGGGAUCAGUUGAAGAGCACGCUUGUCAAACUCUACAAAGCUCUGCUCUUGUAUCAAAUGAAGAGCGUCUGCUCCUACUACCGAAACCAAGUCGGAGAGUUUCUCCGUCAGAUGCUCAACUUGCAAGACUGGGAUGCAGCUUUGGAGGAUGUCAAGAAAGCCGAGACCGCGGUCGAAAAUCAUCUGAAGCAGUUUACCACACUCCAAAUGAGGGACAUGACUGGGAAAAUUGUCAAGGAUGGAGAAGAGAGGAAUGAGCUCCUAAGCGGCAUGCGGCAGGAUAUUCGGCAGCAAAAUGAUGAUCAGAAGAAGAUGCAUUUAGAUGACGAGACCGCAAAAUGCCUCCGAGACUUCGAUGCAGUCGACCCUCAGAGUGAGAUUGCUGAUAUUGAAGCGCGCAAGGACAGGCUACUAAAGGAAGCCUACGAAUGGGUGCUCCGGACCGAGCAAUACGCCACCUGGACAAAUUGGGAUGCCCAAGGUUGUCGACUGCUGUGGAUCAACGGGCCAGCUGGCACGGGAAAGACCAUGCUCUUGAUCGGCAUCAUUCGGGAGCUCGAGGAACAGCCGGGGGCCAAUCUGACAUACUUUUUCUGCCAAAGUGCCUCUCAAAACCUCAAAGACGCAACUUCCGCUCUGCGAUCCUUGAUCUGGUUACUCCUGCAGCGGCAGCCACAGCUCACCUCCCAUCUACUGGCCAAAUUCUCACCCGUCUAUUUGAUCGUCGACGCUCUGGACGAGUGUGACGUGGAGACACCAGGAAGAGAACACCUGAUCGAGCUCAUCUCAGAAUCCCUCAGCGUAACCGACAAGAUCAGGUGGCUAGUCUCCAGUCGGCCCGAUGUCCACGUCUACGAGAAGCUCAAGGAGCGGGUCACGCCAGGCACAAUCCGCGAGCUCGACGUUCGGAGCAAAGACGCUGUCAACGCAUACAUCGAUCACCAUCUGUGUAAGUUGGCUAAAAGGCCAGGCUACACACCGAAGAUUCAGGAGGAAAUCUCACGCGAGAUUCGUCAGCGCGCCAUGAACACGUUUCUAACUCCGGAUACCCCGGGAUUGUAUGCAAUGAGAAAGAUUAAGAAAUGUCCUAAUGAUCUUCUCAAACUAUACGACCAUCUCAUGAACCAAAUUGAGAGAGGCCAAGAUGAAGAUCCCAUGUAUUGCCGGAGUGUUUUGGCUGCUGUUUGCCUUGCCUACCGGCCCUUGUCUUUCGAUGAGCUGCACGUCAUCGCUGGCCUAGACUCGGAUGAUAUACCGGGGCGAAUUGUCAAAGAAUGCGGCUCGUUCCUGGCUGUUCAAGAGAAAACCGUCUCUCUUGUCCACCUGACAGCCCGUGAAUGGCUGAUGUCAAAUUUCGAAUCACGGCUCCAGCAGCGCGGACCCGCGCAAGUCCAUACGGAUAUCUGGCAACGCUCAAUCGAAGGGAUGUCUGCAGAAGGAUCGGGGUUAAAGCGCAACAUUUGCGGCAUCGAGGAAGGAACUCAAUCAGACGAUAUCGUGAUUCCUAAUCCAGAUCCACUAGCUGCCCUGCGGUACUCGUGCGAGUUUUGGAUUGAUCAUCUUCUCGAAGAUGGUCAGGUCUCGGACGAAAAUUGUCAAUUAUUUGCUGAUAGUCAGAUCUCGGACGAGAAUUGUCAAUUAUUUGCUGAUGACGGGGAGAUCUUUUCCUUUUUCAAGACUACAUUGAGCAAAGGCCCCAAGUUUGUUAGUUUCUUGAAGGACGUGGAAAAGUUUGUCCGCAGGCAUCGGACGGCCAUCGAACAGACCCCUCUACAGAUAUACGGAACUGCGCUUGCGCUGAGUCCUACCAAAAGCGAAAUAAGGAACAUGUUCUGGAAGGACAGGUUGUCGUUUAUCGAGUCUGUCCAGGGUGUCGAGGACGCUUGGGAUGCUUGCCUGCAGACCUUGGAAUCCCCGACCAUGGACUCCUCGGUCGCUUUUUCACCGGAUGGGAAGGUCCUCGUUUCGGCUACAUCUGGGCGAGUACAGCUGUGGGAUCUUCCAACUGGUGGCUGCAGGCGAGUUCUGGAGGAGGGCGGUGGGGUUUACGCAGUGGCUUUUUCGCCAGAUGGUAACACUCUCACGACCAUUGCGAGAAGUGCAGUGCGGUUCUGGGAUGUUACCACCGAGGCUUGCAAACAGACCCUUGACUUUCCAGAUGGAUACAUUUCAGCAUCGGCCUUUUCACUAGACGGUGCAUUUCUUGCUGUGGCUUCCGGUACAAGCAUUUGUCUCUGGGAUACCGCAGGCAUGGUAUGUACCAAGACUAUAGAGGAUGUCGCCAACGACUUUAUGGGAACCAUCGCUUUGUCGCCAGAUGCUAAGCUUCUUGUCGUUUGUACACACAAAGCGGUGCAGGUAUGGGAUAUUGCUGCUGGGAAACUGAAACAAGACAUCUUCGAGUCUAGGGAGGCUCUCCGGUCCGUGGCAUUCUCGCCGGAUAGCAAAACUCUUGCAUUGGGGUUGUGGAACCGAACGGCGAUGCUUUGGGAUAUCGAAAGCGCGACCUUCACAUACAAACCGGAUAAAGACGAUUUUCGCCCCCUUGAUGCCAUCACGGCAGAUGGGCGGUUCGUCGCUCUCAUGUUGUUUAAUAAAGUGCAGUUCUGGGAUGCGGCAGAUCCCAUCUACAAGCAGAUUCGUCAGGGCCGGUGGAUAGACGUUCGAUCAAUCUCCCGCUCACCAGACGCCAACUACUUCGCGUCCGUUGCACAGAACGGGACUGUAAAAGUCUGGGACGGUUCAAUUUGCGAAGCGGAGCAAACCUCGACGGGGCUUGGGGCUCCAAUCAGUUUCGUGUCCUCCUCUCCAGAAGAUACCGUCCUUCUGUGGGUUUCGACAGGUGACACCAUGCAACUCUGGACAGCUGACGGUGGCUGCACACAUACACUCACGCACCCUACCAAAAAAGUCAUGUCAGCCGCCUUUUCUCCAGACGGCAGAAUCUUCGCAUCUGGCUCGCUGGAGGACACAGUGUGCGUGUGGGAUGUUGCGACGGGCAGCCGCCUGCACACUCUCAAACAUGGCGGGAGAUGCAUAGUCAAGCUGGUGUUCUCUCCAGAUGGAACUACCCUCGCGGCCCAGGGUAUUGGCGACACCUUACAGCUUUGGGAUCCGGCCACUGGAUCCUCCAAACAUAGCUUCAAGGGCUUCUUGAUCGGCCACGUAGACUUCUCCCCCGAUGGGAAGUUCCUGGCCGCUCUCUUAUCCCCGAAGGCCCUCCUAUUGAACGUAGCCACCGGUGUUCACCAGACUCUCGACAACCCCCACCGGAAUAGAAUUACCGGAGCAGCCUUCUCGCCGGACAGCAAGACCCUUGCCUCUUCGUCCCUUGACGGCAUAUUUCUCUGGGAUACUGCUACCGGAACCUGCACCCAGAUCUCCAAGCUAGAGGGAUGGGUUACCGAGCUUUCAUUCUCCGACGACGGCAAAUUCCUGUUGACGAACCUGGGACGGUUGAGCCUCGACGAUGGCUCUGUCAGUCCGCUGCCGCCGUCAUCUGACGAAGGGCUGGCAUCUCCCUUGGUGUCAUUCGAAAGGCGGACAUUCAAAAGGCCGGCAAUUGACGGGCUGAGCUAUGACGGCGAGUGGGUGAGCCGGGAGGGGAAGAAUCUUCUCUAUAUCCCCGCGGGUAAACGACCUGCAAAUCUAGGGAGUACCUGGAGGAUGUUCAAGAAUACUCUUUUUAUUGGUGAUGCGUCUGGUCAAGUGACGUGUUAUAAGUUUUCGUUUCCGUCUUCCUGA